AUGCAAGUAUGGGCUUGUGCAGGUGGACUUGGGGAGGACUGGCCAUCCGCGCCCUAUUUAGGGGCUCAGUGUCACAAGGAGAAAUAUGAUAUCUCAAAGUCAAUGGAUGCGCUUUACGCCGGGGAUUCAAAAGAGGCUGCUCGCUUGGAAAUGCACUCCCAGAGCCACCUUUGCUUAAAAGCCCGACCACCAUUCACAAGGCCAGAUAGCGGCUUGUCCAGCGCGCAAACGCAGUUACGACGUGCUCCACCCGGCUUCCCCAUAGGUCCUGGAUUUUUGUCGCAGCCCCGACGACCUCGAAACAACCUCGACCCAGAUCCAGAGUAUUGUACACUCUCAGCAUAUACAGGAAAGCGCAGUGCUGCUAAGGGAGAGAUUGAUUUCCCUACAGCUAUUCCCCAUGUCCUAGAACUCCUUCCAGACCUUGGGGUGCUGCACUGGGAGCUACGGAAGUUCCUCUGGGUACAUUGUGUACAAACAACUCUAGAGUCGCCCUUUUUCGGCAUUAAAAUGCCUCAAACCAUGCUGUUCAAUCCAAAUGUGCCAGAUCUGCGUCUUGUUUGGUCUAAGGACUACGAUCGCCACCACCCCUUUAUGAUUGAGGCACGCGGAGCCUUCUUUCAUAGCAAAACCAUGUUCUUUCAGUAUACCACUAGAACAAAGCUUCGACUUUCGUAUAUUACUUCCUUGUGGCUGGCGUGGCGGGCGCGGAUAUUUCAUGCGAUCUCGCCACCCCGGCCGGCACUUUCUGAUCCAAAUGGCUUCUGGCUCUGGUUAGUGCAGAGCAGCCCCGCCUGCGCUCGGAUGCAUGCUGUCCUGGAGCAAAUCGCUCUUAUAGCCACCCACAACCGCGUACAAUCUACCUCGCUGCUUGUCAAAGGUACAACGACUACGCAAGACGUCAAAUGUCUUGCGGCAUUUCAAUAG